AUGACACGACGACUUCGACGUAGCGAUGGUGUAGCCAUCUUUGGACUUCUAUGGGCUGCAUCCUGUGUCUUUCUAUUAACACUACGCUUCUCUCCACGCGAAUCUGCAACUUCUACGCCUUCUGUCGUCUUGAAAUCGCAGGUUUUUGACGACACAUAUUUCAUUUCUAAUGCAGAUCUGAGCAAUCAGGCGACCCUGUUGCUUGUGGAAACACUGCCAAUGGGGGGAUUUUGCAUUCCCCUCAAGCUUUCCACAGACUUUUGA